AUGUCACAAGCCGCCGUCACUGUCGCGUCGCCACACGCAACGGAAUCUCGCACACGUUCCAGCAGUCCAAUGAGCCAGAAUGGCAGUACGGCGGCAGCCAAACCUCCUGCGGGUCAAAAUGCGGCUGCCCGCACAGGAAUAAAGAAGAUAUCUAGGCUUUUUGCCUUUACACGACUCGGUCGCGGCCGCCCGGAGAGCGCCAGCGCGCACGUACAGCCAGAGGACCUUGCGUCUACGAGAGAGAGCUCGCCUGAUGUUCACCAACUUACAUCUCGACGUCGCCGUGUCGCAGGAUCAGAGCAGAGGAAGCCCGCAAGAAACGGUCUGAGUCGCUUGAUCGCAAACGACCAGAAUCAGCCCUGCGCUAUUUGUGCGACAAUUGAUUUUCCCUCCCUACUCAACUGGCGCCCGGGCCAGCCUCGGCCUUGGAUUCCGCUCGCUCAUACCCUCGCUGAGCUGUCUGCCUGCCCAUACUGUAUUUUCUUCCAAGCCCUUGUGGGGAUUGAGCCGGAUACGACGCGCAAAUUCACACCGUAUCUACGAAUUCGACAGGCUUUUGAGCGACUUGGAGUCGGGGAGAAGCACGAGCUUGGAGGCGCUGUGAUAUUUGAGGUUACCACAAAGAGCAAGGUACUACCCUGGGGUUAUAUCGUCCGAAUUGCCGAGGGGGAGGAUGACAUAACUGGUUACAAAGAGUCGACGCCAAUUAUUCGAGGCCGUGUGAUACCACCCAAGCUUGAUUUUGCGUUACCUCGGACUUGGAUGGAGUUUUGCAUGGCCAAUCAUACACACACGGCAUGCACUUCGAAAGAAACACCGAUCCGAGGUCUUAAGCUUGUGGACUGCCGGGAGAAUCAGGUGGUAUUUGUGGACGACCUCAACGUGGACACGAUCGAGUAUGUCACGCUAAGCUAUGUGCGAGGCAGCCCUACCGACGAAGAAUGGGACCACAAAGGACUACCCGAGGUACUACCUCCGCUACUCACAGAUGCUAUAGCUGUGACCAAGUCUCUUGGUUUCCGUUAUCUUUGGAUCGAUCGCUUCUGUUUCCCCCAGUAUAACGCCAGCGAGAGAAGUCGACAAUUGGACAAAAUGGGAGAGAUAUAUGCACGCUCCGCGCUGACAAUUAUCGUUGCAGCUGGUAAAGGUGUACAAGAUGGAAUUCCAGGCGUAAGCGUAGCACGGGAAGAGCAACUGUCACUGCAAACUGAGGCUGGCUGUUUCACGACGUCACUUACACGGCCUGAUGUUGAAGUUACCAACUCUAAGUGGGCAUCUCGUGGUUGGACAUACCAAGAAGGACUCCUAUCACGACGUCGACUGGUCUUUACGCCGUCGCAGAUCUACUUUCAGUGUCAGACUUUUCACUGUCACGAAUCCAUUUCCUUCCCUCUGAAAACAAAACCUGCUCUCAAUCUUGGCCGUGUCUUUCCCGAAAAGGGGGCCGGAAAACGGACGGGCGAUUACAAGAGUGUCGUCAGUGGCUACCUUAGCCGCGAGUUCACACUUCCAGAUGACCGUCUGGAAGCUUUCAGGGGUAUAUUGGAGAAAUACACCCAAAUGGACCAUCCCAUGGAAACUGUCCUCGGUCUUCCCAUCUUCCACGCCAAGGAAUUCAAGAGCAAACCUAGUCCUACUCGGACAGAUCGCCUCGUUGUCGGUCUCGGAUGGCUAUACGACCCUCCAGGGGACACUGACAUAUCAACACAUCCUAUGCAGCUCCAAGGCCCGUUUCCCUCCUGGAGUUGGCUCGGCUGGAAGACGCGUCCUGAGUAUACGGGAACUGGCCCCAAUUUGAAUAUAUAUCAAGUUAGCGAGGAAAGCCCCGUCAUCGACAAUAUCUCGACUGUGCCCAACUUGACCAUAUCUAUUGGCUUUAAAGAUGAAAAGGUUCUCUGCUGGGAAACAGAGGGGGAUGAGAUUGCCGCUCGCUCAACACCUAUCUCCUUCCUACGUCUUCAUACCUACUGUUUCGAAAUAUGUAUUACAAUAUCCCCUUCUACCGCAUCGUCUGCUUCCGCCUCUUCUACAAGCACCAAGAUCACACUCACGUCGCCCGACCUCCUCGACGCUUUCCGUCCUUCUGUCGCAGCUCUACUCUUCCGCGCCGCGCAAUCAUCCUCCGACUCCUCUUCUGAACCCCCGCCCGGCGAGCAUAUACUCAUUGGUGCCUUCAUUUCUGGCCGGGACUGGAAGGUCGAUGAGUCCUAUGAGUCUGCCAAUGUUAUCAUUUGCGGCCGGCGUAAUUGGAACGCCGAAGAUGUCCUCGUCCGCCUCGGCACACUCGAGCUUGGUCCCGGGGGGUUGCUAGGCGUUGAUGAGGACACAGCCGUCGUCAAGGGGGCUAUGAACAACGAGAGGAGGUUGGAUGUUCAGCUGAGGGAGCUGGACAUAUACUGA